GGUUGUUUUAUAUUCAAGAAUUCAAAAUCGAAACAAGCUGGUGUCAAAAGCAACAUUAAUUUAUUUUCAAAUCUGCCCUGGUACCAGUGUUAUAAGGAAUCAUGGAAAGGUAUCGAAGACAAAAUCAAAAAGCUACUUCAUAGGACGUAUAUGAAUGUUUUACAAGAUGUCAUUGAAUUUAUGAGACAGACACACACUGAUUGUGAUAGUUUGCCAACUGCUGUUCUGAUCACAGGAAUCAAUCAACCUGAUCAUGCCGAACAAAUCAACAGCUUGGCACGAGAAUUAAGGAAUCAAGUAACACCACACGUUGCUAUAUUAUUUGCAAGAGGCUGUCUUAGUAUAAAAAGUGCAGUCGAGAACAUGGUUAUGCAGUUUUUAACAGAAAAUGAAGAAUUGGAGUUACCAAAUUCGCUGCGAAAAUACCAAUAUAAUCUACUUGUUUUAAAAUCUUGGUAUGAAAAUAACUAUGCGCAUAAACAUUCUAUGUCACCAACGAAGAAACAAAAAACAAAACCUUCGACAAAGCCAUUUGUUGUUAUUUUACCAGAUUUUGAGAAUUUUAAUGCUACAGUAUUGCAGGAUUUUAUACUUUUACUAAGUGGUUAUUCCAAUUCAAUACCAUUUGUUCUAUUGUUUGGAGUAGCGACAUCAAUUUCUACAGUUCAUAAAACCUUACCGCAUCAUAUAACAUCAAAAAUGUUUUUGCAAAUUUUUUCAUCGCAGUCGUCAAGGGAAACUUUAAAUCAGAUAUUAGAAAAAGUUCUACUAGAUCCAUCAUGUCCAUUUCAUUUAUCAGGAUCAUCUUUAAAAUUAUUAGUCGAUGUAUUUAUGUUCUAUGAUUUUUCUGUGGAAGGUUUUCUAAACAGUUUUAAGUACAUCAUGUUGCAUCAUUAUUCCAAUCUGCAUGCGGCAAUAGUAUGCAAUAAUGAUUUUAUAGAUUCUAGAGCAUUGAAAGAAUAUUUGACACCUGAUGAUGUUGAAGAAAUACGAAGGCUGCCAUCAUUUAGGUACUUGGUGGAGUCUCAGAAUGAUUAUCAAAUGCGAAUAGAUCUGUUAUUGAAAGACAAAGCUGUAUUUCACAGGAUACCCGAGUUAAUAUCGAAUAUCCAAGAUUAUUUGAUUUGUUUUCAUUUAAAUCUGAAGAUUUUAUUCGAAAUGGUGCAUGAUCUGCCACAAAAUCCUUUAGGAAACAAGCUGCAUGAAUUAUACAUCAGCGCUAUGUCAACUAAUAUCAUCGAGGAGACCAAUUUCAAAGAAACCAUGCAGCUGCUACAGUUCUUAUCACGAGCAGAGUUUACAGAAAAAAUUAACAACAUCCUACAUAUUUUGGAGGAACAAAGACUGAAAAUUAAAAAUUCUAGGGCUUUAAAAGUAUUAAGUAAUAUUUAUAAUCAAUUGAACGAGUUGAACCAAACAAAUGUAAUCGAGAAUGCCAUUGAGGAAAUUAGUAUUGAUUUAAGUAACAUGAACAGGAACCAAAUGAGAGAGAUGCUGAUGGAGUGUUCAUCCAAGCAAAGAAAAACAAACUCUCAAUACGAUGCUGUUAAAAAGUCUAUAAUCGAUUUCACAAUAGAAUGUUUCUCGAACUAUCUUCAUCCACCAACCACAUCUCUACCUCUGUAUGAAUUGUUCAUUUUCACGGAUCAUGAAUCUGUUAAACAACACAUAGUUGGCAGUCCUAGGGCUACUUUGCACACUGCUUUGAAUAGUCCUAGUUGCUAUCUCCAGUGCUCGUGUUGCGCUACUGAUGUGAAAGAUGAAAUUAUAUCGACUAUGCCUGAUAUUUGUAUCGGUUAUAAAUUGCAUUUGGAGUGUGGGAGGCUUAUAAAUUUAUAUGAUUGGCUUCAUGCAUUUCGGCAUGUAACAUCAACUGUUGCAAAUGGGACAUCUGAUGCAGAAGCUGAGGAAGACACUAUUGAAAUUGAACCAGAAAUACAAGCCAGAUUCACAAGUAUGGUUUCCGAAUUGCAGCAUCUCGGAUUCAUAAAAUCUUCAAAUAAAAAAAGGGAUCACGUAACAAGAUUGACUUGGUGAACAAAAAGUCAUU